AUGUGGUCCUAUAUGGGCAUUGCAGUUGCGCUUGGUAUUUCUGUUCUAGGAGCAGCUUGGGGUAUUUUCUUGACGGGAUCCAGCAUUGUAGGGGCUGGCAUCAAGGCACCUCGCAUCAGCUCCAAGAAUCUGGUCAGCAUCAUUUUCUGCGAAGCAGUAGCGAUCUAUGGCGUCAUCAUAGCUAUUAUCAUGGCGAACAAGAUCGAGGGCUCUGAGAUCUUUGAUGUCCCCGCCCAGCCCAAAGGUUGGCAGGCCCAGACAAUGGUUGCAGGAUGGUGUAUGUUCUGCGUCGGCCUGUCUGUUGGCCUAUCGAACCUGUUUUGUGGGAUUUGCGUGGGAGUUUCAGGAAGUGGCUGCGCACUAGGCGAUGCUCAGAGACCCGAACUGUUUGUGAAGAUGCUGAUUGUGGAAAUUUUUGGGAGUGCCUUAGGCCUCUUUGGCGUAAUCGUGGGGAUCAUUCAG